AUGUCAGUAACAAUUGAAAUAGAUAAAGUAGCUCAUUACUUUCAACAUGUUAUUAAUGAAAAAAUUGUUCCAGCUUUUGAAUUUCAAAUAGAUGAUCAACUUUUUUAUGUUCAAGAUAUGUAUUUAGAACAUAUUCAAAAUUAUGGCCUUUAUCAUACAAAAAAUUUACCUAUUAAACGUGCUACUAUACUUGCUUUUCUUUCUGGUUUACUUGAAAUUCAAACAGUUCAUGAAACUCUUCGAUUUCCACGUGGAAAACCAGAUUCAGCAAAAUUUAAUUUAAAUGAUGAUGAUGAAUGUAUAAAAUUUAAUUAUGAUGUUGUUCCAUUACAUUCAGAUUUAGCCAUGGAUAUUCAAAUGAACAUUUUUACACCAGCAAAAAAUACUUUUAGAAAGAAACUUGAACAGAUAAGAGAUUAA